AUGGCUUGUGCCGCCGCUCCGUCCCAGGCCGAUCAGGACAGGUUCAUUUGUAUCUAUCCUGCUCAUUUAAAUAACAAGAAGACCAUUGCGGAGGGGAGGCGAAUCCCCAUUAAUGAGAAAAAUAAAAUGUACUCUAGAGAGUGGAAUCGUGAUGUUCAGUACAGGGGCAGAGUCCGGGUCCAGCUCAAACAGGAAGAUGGCAGCCUCUGUCUCGUACAGUUCCCAUCACGUAAGUCAGUAAUGUUGUAUAUAGCAGAAAUGAUACCCAAACUAAAAACAAGGACACAAAAAACAGGAGGUAGUGACCAAAGUCUUCAGCAAGGAGAGGGAAGUAAAAAAGGGAAAGGAAAGAAGAAGAAGUGAUCGGAUGUGAGAGUCAAUCAAGUCUGGUACUACUGUGAUAGACAGUGAGCGAAGGCUUCUAAUUUAUAUCUCAGAGAAAUGGAAGCUUAUUAUUUGCAUCAUUUAACCGAACUAUGGACAUCUCUGCCUCCCAGCUUCAGCAUCAGAGUUGACAGUGAAGUAAAUAUACAUCAGAAGUUUGCAUCUAGCUUUUAUGUAGUAUAAAAGAAAAUUUUUUUUUUGCCUUUCAACACAGAGUUUUUGUGGAAGAAAGAAGCAUAUUUUUAAAUGGACAGUGGACUCUACCAUAAGUUACUUGAAAUCCUCUAUCUGUCCUGUGUGUAAACAUGUUUCAGAUAAAUGAGUUUAAUUAAAGAUUUGAAAUACAAAAAAAAAAAAAAAAGAA